GACGAUGUCUUGCUCCCAGGAAGCGGUCGAGCCGGCAAAAUACAUGCCGACAGAGAGGGCCCAGCACUGGCAGGCAUUUUCAUGAAUACCAUGUUGUAUGGAGUGAUGGUUACCCAGACGUUCUAUUACUACUCGAACUAUGCACGCGACUCUAAAUGGUUGAAAUAUUAUGUUGGAAUCUUGUUUCUCGCCGACACCAUGAACACCAUCUUCAAUAUGUGGUUCAUCUACAAUGUGCUCGUGAAUCAGUUUGGAAGCCUCAAAGGAGUCGCGUUAGCCAACUGGUUAUUUGAAACAGGGAAGUUUCCACGCAUGUUUCGUCCAAUUUUUAGGUCUAAUUUGAAGACUCCUGCAGAAGAGGCUAUGGCGGGGAUUAUCGGGCUUCAGGUUCAGCUAUUCUAUGCGUGGCGCAUCCGCCAGCUGACGGGGAAGAAAUGGCUUGUGGGCCUUAUUGUGACACUGUCUGUGAUCGGAUGCUUGAUGGCACUCGGAACGGCAAUUGGCAUCGCAUUUAGACCUGAAAUCACACAGUUAGACCGAUACAAGCAAUUUGUCAGUACCUGGUUGGCUGCGGCUGCUUGCGCCGACAUCACGAUUUCCGUCUCACUUAUCUAUUACUUGCACACCCGUCGCACGGGCCUACCUCGUACAGAUACAUUGAUCACUAGGCUUAUACAGCUCACUAUGUCUUAUGGUCUACUUACUUCAAGUUUCGCCUUGAUAGACAUCAUUGCAUUCUUCGCUGAUAGCGGCGGUUUGCACCUUGCUUUUAAUUAUACGUUGUGCAAGUUGUACAGCAACUCAAUGAUGUCUAGCUUGAAUUCACGAGACAUAUUGUCUACCGUGUUAACAGCACAUUCAACAUUUCAAGUGGCAUCUGUCCCGAUGGAUUCCAAUCGCCCGGUGUCAACAGGUGUCAAGAGCUCAACAACGCAGGUAGUUAUCGGUUCAGAAUCUCACAAAAUGGUUAACAUGUCUCGCCGGUCUCUCAACCUUGCUGGAGAUACUGCGAGUGAUCUAAAGGUUAAAGCUGUGGUGUAACCAUGCUGCUUCGAAGAUAUAUU